CAAGCACUCAUACCAUUCUCUUGGGAACUCUGUUCCGUACCGCUUACAACACUGAUUACUGCGCAGGGCUGCCGUAAUACAUCAGCUGUCAGUAAGUGGUUAUUUUACAUUGUUGUGUGCUGGCUGAAAGAAAAAAUCGCAGAACCAGUGUUUUCUGGUUAAUUCGGAGCGAAAAACUGCAGAAAAUAGCCAGCAAUUCGUCGAGGAACCCACACUAAAGAUGGUUCAAGUGGGCAACUGGAUUUUCAAACUUCUUUUGCUGACUUUUUCGAUGGCGUCAGCAUAUGCCGACGUCACAACGCAAAAUGCUCUUCUGCUGGGUGGAAAUAAGAAACACAAAGAAGCCCCGGACUCCUCACUCGGUGGCGCUUCGCCUCCGAAUCUGGUGUGCCACAAAAUGCUGAGGCAUGUUUUCGAGAAUGCCACGCCGCGGGACGAACAGCAGGCGGGCGUUUUCGAGGAGUACAAACCCCAACCGGACACAGUGGAGCCCCUGGAGGAGGAGGCCUAUCUGUGGAACUGCCUGCAGGCGUGCUGCGAAAAACCCCGCAAUGCCAGCAGUGCCUGCAACGUGGUCCUGGUCUUCAAGGGAAAGUGCUAUCACAUCCGGUGCAGAAGCAACGAGGCUUGUCUGCCCAAGCUCAGGGUUCGGAUGCCCAACGAGAAGGUGCAGAUGGUGCUGGUGAACCCCUUGGGAGAGGCCACCUGGCCACAGCUCCUCAAGGCGGAGGCCGCCAAGCAGAAUGCCGAGAUUCUACCCUAUGAUGAAGCAGCUCUUAAUUUCUGGAAACAACCCAGGAGAUUGGGCUACCUGUCGCGAAAUCAGGAAACCCCCGUUUAUGAGGAUGAAGAUUUUCCACUGGCGGACAAGCGGAUGAAUCAAAUGAUUUUCCAGCCGGAUGAAAACGAUGUGCUGGCCAACGAAGAGCUCGGCUACUAUGACGCCAAUGCCAAGUUCACCGCCUGCGAUGUGGAGACGCCGUGUCCCCCACCCCAACAAUGUGUCCCACUCCAACCGAAUGCGGUGAGAGGAGUGUGCACCUGUCCCGAAGGCUUCGUCUGGAACAAGCAGAGGAAAUGCGUGAUGGCAGCGGUGCCUUAUAGCUCCUAUCUCACCAGCAACGAGGCAGGCCAGCAGGAAGCGGCUGCUAGUGAGAACUCCCCAGAGGUAGCCACUCCACCCUUGAAAACGGAAGAGAACAAGGAUAUCGUGGUCUCCGUGAUGUCCAAGGAAGUUCGUCUGCCCGAGCAGGAGGUAACCCUCGCUGCUUUCACUGUUCCCGAUGAGCAGACCAGCGACACCAAGUACAAGUACCUAUGGACCCUCAUUUCCCAACCCAAGGGUCCCAUGAAUGGCACCAUUUCGGAUCAGAGCAAGUCCAAGGUGAAGCUAUCCAAUCUCUCCGAGGGACUGUACACCUUCAAGGUCACUGUGACUGGAGACAACGGAACCUUUGGCGAGGCGACGGCGAAUGUCACAGUGCUUCCCGAGAACCGAAUCAAUCAGCCACCCCAGGUCAUCAUCUCACCCAGGGAACAGAUCAUCCGGCAGCCCACCACCAAUGCGAUACUCGAUGGAAGCACCAGCACGGACGACGACAAGAUCACCAAUUGGCACUGGGAGGUGAUUUCGGGACCGAUUGGCUAUCAACCCGUCUUGCCGGAGGUCAACACCCUCCAAUUGGAUCUCACCUCUCCGGGAAACUACACCUUCAAGUUGACCGUCACCGAUUCGAAUAAUGUAACCAAUUCCACCACUGCCACCAUAGCAGUCCUCAAGGAAACCGAUUACGCUCCGGUGGCAAAUGCCGGAGAUGCAGUGAUUCUGUAUCUUCCCAACAAUAACGUGACUUUGAACGGAACAGCCAGUUCGGAUGACCACGAAAUCGUGGCCUGGGAGUGGACCAAGGAUGCCAGCGAUGAGGCCAAGGCUGUGGACAUGCAGAACACGAGGACUCCCUACGUCCAGUUGUCCAAUCUGGAGGAGGGCAUGUACACGUUCGUGCUCAAAGUCACUGAUGGCAGUGGACAAUCCAGCACGGCCAAGGUCCAUGUGUUUGUGAAACCCCCAACGAAUUCUCCUCCAGUUGCUGAUGCGGGUUCUAAUUCGACCACUAGUUUACCCAUUAAUUGGGUGCUGCUCAAUGGCUCCGAAUCGAAAGAUGAUAUUGGUAUCAAGAGCUAUUCAUGGAGACAACUGAGUGGACCCAAUAAUGCUGUCAUUUUAAAGUCCAACUCAUCGAUUGCCAAUGCCACCUCCCUAACUCUUGGCCUCUAUGAGUUCGAACUUAGUGUAUCUGAUGAAAAUAAUAAUACAGCCACGGACACUACUUGGGUGAAGAUUGUCCAAGAACGCAAUGCUGCCCCAAUUGCCAACGGUGGGGGAGACCACACCAUCACCCUGCCAGCCACCGCCAUCUACUUCAAUGGCUCCAAGUCCUGGGAUGACCUGGCGGUGGUUAAGUACGUUUGGACACGCGAUGAGCACAGUUUGGCGGCAGGUGUGAUUGUUGCAGAUACCGAUAAGGAGCCCGUGAUGAUUUUAACCAAUCUGGUUCAAGGAAGGUAUGUUUUCACACUAACCGUGAGCGAUGAUCAGGGAUUAACCAGUUCGGAUACGGUGAGCGUGAAUGUGCGUCCCGAUCCCAAGAUCCUUAACCUAGUGCAAAUGACCCUGCCAAUGGGCAUUUCCGUGCUGGCCCAAUCCGAACUGGAUUCGGUGGUGCAGAAGCUGCAACUUCUCCUGGGCGACGAGAACAAGAUCCAAGUGAGGGAGCUCAAGUACGAUCUGCAUACGGAUGCCAGUGUUCUGGUUUUCUACGUCAACGAUAGUCAGGGCAAGGCACUGGAUGGCCUCCAAGUGGAGCGCCAGUUGCGGACUCAGCUUCAAAAGGAUGCUUCCAUACUGGGAGCAUUCGCCGUGGAUAUUCGCACCACAGUUUGCCAGAACGAUUGCUCUGGUCAUGGCUCCUGCAAUCCAAUCAGCAGAGCCUGCAUUUGCGAGGCCUUCUGGAUGCCAUCGGCAGGUUACUUCUUCAACAAUCAAGAGGCCAAUUGCGAUUGGUCUAUUUUGUACGUGUUCGUUGGCGUUAUUGUGUGCUGCCUGUUGCUAUCUGGAGUAUUUUGGGGGAUAGCCUGUGCCUGCCGACAGUCGAAAAAGCCACGUCUGCGCCAGAAAGUGCAGAAAUACUCUUUGAUAGGCAACAAGGAUGAAGAGGCAGCGAAUUAUUCCCGCAACACAUCGCUAACCGAAUCGGAGACGGACUCCGAUGUUCUCUUUGAAACCAGGACCAAAUCGAAUGGCUUGGGCAAACACAAGUCGCACAACUCUCACAAUCAUGGACAUGGAAGUAGCGGAGGCAGUGGAUCCUCCGGUCGAGACAGUCACAAGUACGGCGCACAAAAGUUGGGCCGCAAAAUAAAGGCAUAAUAAUAAUAUAUAGAAAUCAGGAUUAGGAGAUCUAUAUGUGUGUGUUAGUCGAUCUACUAUACCGUGUGUGUGAUAUCUAUUUGUAUUUCUAUAAUGUACUCUAUAUAUUUGUACUUUCCGCCAACUCGCAUGAAGUUGUGUAUAACUGUAUAAGUUCCUUUAUGUGCAAUUAUGCUUAGGUUAUUAGUUAUUUAUAUUUCAUUUUAAGCUGCUGCUGUGCAACAAACAUUAUUUUUAACGUUUACUUUUACUGCGAUACUUUUUUAUGUGUGUAUAUAUAGACAUAGCUGUUCACAAUCAAUGUAACAAACGACAUGUAACUGCUUAAAAGUGCAUUAUUACCCACAUUAAACGAAAACAAUAGAUGAAUGAAAUGGUUUUUGAUUUUA